AUGGCGGUUAUUAAAGAAUCGAGAUUGGUUGGGACAGUUCCUACACUUUCACUAAAUAGUCCAGCACGGGCAUGUGACUAUGAAGAAAAUAGUGAUCCUGUAUACGACGAACUUCAUAAUAUUCGGAGUAUGAUUCGUUUGACAAGAAAGAAUAUCGACGCGUUGAACAAGAAAUUUGGGGAUAUCCAGGACCCACCAUCCGACUACCUUAUAGAAUACCAGGAAUUGACAAGUAAACUUCACAAUUUCGAGGCAAAAGAACAUGAGCUAGUGGACUUGAUAAAUGUAAACACAGGCAGUGACAGUCUGCAAGAUUUUGCCGUGUGUAGUGGAGGGGGAGGUGACAUAUCACCCAAAUCUGUUCCUAGGUCCCCAUUGAAAUCUGUUGUCCGUGCGCAUUUACCUAAUCAACAGAGGACGAGUGUUCAAGUGAGACCAGGACAGACGUUGCGAGAAGCGCUUUCGAAAGCUUUAAAGCUUCGCAAAUUGACUCCUGAAAUGUGCGUGGUUUACAAAGGCCAGAGCGCGAUUACCGUACCUUGGGAGGCCGACAUUUCAUCCCUGGAGGGAGAAGAGAUAACUGUCGAGAUUUUAAACAAGUUCUCAAUCACAACUAGUAUUUCACACAACUUCGUGCGUAAAACAUUUUUCUCUUUAGCUUUUUGUGAAUGUUGUAACCGUCUUCUAUUCCAAGGUUUUUAUUGUCGGACUUGUGGUUAUAAAUUUCAUCAGCGCUGUGCCACAGGUGUUCCAGCUCUUUGUCAGCAAUACAGGGUGCCAGACAGCACUUAUUUUGAGAUAUUGUUAGCACAAAAUAAAGUUAAUUCUACUGGGUUGUUACAGACAUCGACAGCAUUUGGGACAGGCAAGACAUUGCCUCCUUCCCAGCCUCGAGGAAUGUCCCCAAGGCACCCACACACACCUUCUUUGGGUACAAGGGAACGUUCCAGCUCAGCGCCUAAUGUCUGCUUCAAUGUAGUCAGUCACGAUAUAGGGCUGAGGGAAGAAUUUGUAAAUUAUGAAUCGCGUGCGGCCACUGUUGCUUCGGGACCUGGCGGAGGGACCACUCUGUCCACAUACAGUCCUGGCAGCAGUCCCACAAAGCCUUCUCACAGUCAAAGUGCCCAGGCGUCGCCAACAAACACACUGAGGCCGUGGCGUCCUCGAGCUCGAAGUGCAGAUGAGAGUGGUAACAAAAUCCGCACACCUCGCGAAUCAAUCGAAGACUGGGAGAUCCCUGCGGAUGAGAUACUCAUUGGUCCACGAAUAGGGUCUGGUUCAUUUGGGACUGUUUACAAGGGCCACUGGCACGGCUCGGUGGCCGUGAAAACGCUCAACGUGAAGAAUCCAACGCCUGCACAGCUGCAGGCAUUUAAGAACGAGGUCGCGGUGCUGCGAAAGACUCGGCACGUGAACAUUUUGUUGUUUAUGGGUUGCGUGGGCAAGCCUCAGUUGGCUAUAGUCACCCAGUGGUGUGAGGGCUCCAGCCUUUACAAACAUUUGCAUGUCGUUGAAACUAAGUUUGAGCUGGUUCCACUGAUAGACAUCGGGCGGCAGACAGCGCAGGGCAUGGACUACCUCCAUGCGAAAAACAUCAUCCACAGAGACUUGAAGAGCAACAACAUAUUCUUGCAUGACGACAUGACGGUAAAGAUUGGGGACUUUGGGCUGGCAACAGUGAAGACAAGAUGGUCAGGGUCGCAGCAGUUCCAGCAGCCGACAGGGUCCAUUUUGUGGAUGGCCCCCGAGGUGAUCCGCAUGCAGGAAGAGAGCCCUUACAGUUUCCAGUCGGACGUGUAUGCUUUCGGAGUGGUUCUGUACGAGUUGCUCGCAGGGCAACUUCCGUACUCCAACAUUAACAAUAAGGAUCAGAUCCUGUUCAUGGUGGGCCGAGGCUUCCUGCGGCCAGACCUCACUAAUUUGCGGUCCGAUGUGCCGAAGGCAUUGCGCAGAUUGACGGAGGAUUGUCUCAAGUUCAUCCGGGAUGAGCGGCCUCUGUUCCGGCAGAUUCUAGCAUCCUUGGAAAGCGCUUUACAAUCCUUGCCCAAGAUUCACCGCUCUGCCUCAGAGCCCACCCUCAACAGGACUCAGUUGCAGUCUGACGAUUUCCUGUACAUGUGCGCCUCUCCCAAAACCCCAAUGAAUUCUCAGUUUUGCGCUUUUCCAUUUUACACUGUAAGUGGCAUUAUUUAAAGAUCUGACCUGCUGUUUUUUGAAUUUUGUUAAUACUUACACAGUAUGACUUCAGCAUUGACAUAAUAAUUGGGUUUGCUUGGUAAUGUUAUGGUAGUGAGAGUAAUGUUAUGAUCCGUGUGUUAAAUGUAAAUUUUACAUGUCAAUUUGCAUGAUAAUGAGUUCAGUAAAUGCUCAUCUUGAUCUCUUAUUGAAAUAUUAUAUAACUACCUACAAAUCACUGGUAUAAUUUUUAAUGAUCUCACUUUCAGAUAUUAUGAUGUUCCCCGAGUUGUUUAUGUUUUGUGUAUUGUAGCUGGGUGCAAAAUUUACAUAUAUUGGCUAACUAUUUUUGAACAAAUUUUGUGUGCAAAAAUUAAAUUUUAAUGUGAACUUUUUGUUUGCAGUAAUUAUUGAGAAAAAUGUUAAAAAUUAUGCUGUUAUACGUAAGGUGGAAUGGAUUUUUCACAGUUAAAGAUGCGUAAAUUAUUUAGGCUCAGUUCAUUUUUGCAGUCACUGAUUGUUCCUUUUAUGGAAAAUUGUGGUGAUUAUAAUAAUUUGAGGUUUUUUGAGGCAUUCAAAUUUUGUGACCUGUUAUGUUUGUGAAGUUAGAUUCAUAGUGACAUUGUAUUUAUAUUGGCUAAACAAUAAUUUAUCAUUUUGCAUUGCAGCCUAGUUUUGGCAUUAGUUGUUUUUAGCAGACAAUGAACGUUUCUGGUACGUGAUGUACAUGGUGGUGGGCUGUGGAUUCCUUGCGUGCUGAGGGAAAUAGCUGUCAGCACACCCCUUGAAGGCUGUCAAGGAGUUUGCACAGGCAUGAAGUUCCUUUGGGUUGUUUUCCAACUCCAAGGCAGAGUGGUGCUUUUGAAACAGGCCGUAACACAAGACGUAGUGUGCCAAUUUAAGACAUUGCAAUCUGGAGUGGAGAUGCUUACUUGCGUUCAUGUUUAGUGCUAGAGAAAUUAUUGAUUAGUUUCUUAAUGCCAGUGGCUGUGUGAUUGUACUGAAGGCACUCCAGGGUGAUAAAAUUCUUCAUGGCUGUACCUGAUAUGCUGAACUGAUAUAAAUAGUAUCGCUUUGUCGACUCAUAUACAGUCUUGCAUUGUGUUGACUCUGAAGUGUGCAUUAUUUGGGCGAAGUAACUUGAGUGCCAAGGAACAUGUCGAGUCUUAGACUUUUGUGAUAGAAAUUAAGUGCCGUAAUGUUAGAGUGGAUGACAAUGUUUGGUCUUUUUUUUUGCAAUAGUUUCUUUGUGGUAAUUAUGAAGUGCUGUAAGAGUUAUACUGAAAUUGGGUGUAAAAGUGUCUCAAUUUCAUCCUGCCUUAGUUAUCAUUACAAUGCAACCUGAAGAAUUAUUUCUCAAAAGUGUUUUGUAUGGGUACAGUUACAAGUAGAAUUAUAGAACAUCAGUUGCAUUUUCAGCAAGGUUUUUCAGCACUGUUCAGAUUAAUGGUUGGUCCCAUCCUUUUUCCUCCCUCUCUUCUAGGCAUGCAACAUUUUGUGGAAUAGAAAUCUGGAAAGGUGUGUGAAAGGAUUUUGGUUUAGUUAAUUUUUCUAAUUUGUAUAUUGAUGCAGCCAGUUGAUAUAGUUUUAAAAACAGAUGGGAAAUUUACAUGUUUUGUUGUUUCCCACAUAACAAAAAAUGAAACCAGGGUGGGGAAAUUAAAAAAAAAAAAUUUCAUUGUAUUUAUAACAAAAAUUUUUUUCUACUAUAUCAGGGGGAAAAAAAUCAAGCCCAUAGCUAACAGUUUAGUUCUGUACCUGCUGUGUGUAUGCAAGCUUGAGGUUUAAAAAAACCUAACCAUAAUUGGAGUAAAGCACAGGAGGAUGUAUAUUUCAGUCUAAAUGGUGGGUCAAAUGUAAAUUAGUGCCUCCGGUCCCCUUCAUCCACUUCUCUACCGCACAUCCUAUUGGGGAAGUGUCUGCAAGCAAACCAAUCGGAUGCGGUGAAAUCCUGUUAGAACAUUCCUGGAGGGUUCCAAGAAUCUAUGCUAUUUUGCAUGUGGACAUAAUUCCUAUUGAAGAAAGUGUUGGUGGUCAAGUGAAGGCAGAUUAUUCAACAUAAAAUUUCUACAAGCAGGAAUGUUUAACAGGAAACUAUUGUAAGUUGGGCAUACCUCAAAGCUUGAUUUGCUAUCGUUUUGGGAAACAGUGGCUCUGAAAAUGAAAUAUUCUUGCUGUCGUUCAUGUAUGGUUAUUGAAUUUUGAAUGUAUAAAGAAAGCAUUUGAUGUACAUUUCUGUGGUAAUGUUUUCAUACUUGUUUUCUUUCUUUAUGAAGAUAUGCUUGUAGCUUAUUUGCUGCCUUUAAUGUUUUAGAAUGCCACUCAUGUCACUAAUUUUGAUGGACAGUUGCUAAACAUUAAUAGCUUCACAUGCAUUUUUGCAGUAGGAGGUGUAAAAAGUGGGAACAUGUUUGGAAAUGUCUUUCUGUCAAAGAUUGUGAAAUGGCUGUGUAGGACCAAAUGCUUGUUUUGAUUAAUAUUAUGAGCAUUUGGCACCGAAAGUUAAUUGUGUUGGAUGUAUAAUGUUGAGCAGUAUCUGUUUGGUUGUGGUUUACUAUUGUCAGUAGAUGUCUCAUUUAAAAAAAAAAAAAAAUGUGAGCUACUGUAUGUUCUGGCAUAUAAGACGAUAAUUUUGUGCAAGCUUAGAACUGCUACUAAUCUUGACAGUACUUAGGUAUAUCUGUCGCAUGGAGUCUGCAUAUGAAGGAGGUAGGAGAAGAACCAGUUUUAGAAUGAAUGACUACCUUGAGCCUGUGUUUAACAUAUGCAAUCACCUUUUGAACCUCCAAGUUGCUGUGUUCUGUACCUUAGCUUUAAUUUAUGAUAUGGUCUUUUUUUUUCUGUGCUGAAAAAUUUAUAAGUUAAAACUUAGCAACUUUUUUUUUAGUAAAACUACCAGUUGACAAGUUACAUGUUUUAAAUAAAGCAAAAAAAAAAAUUUUUUGAAUUUAAAUAUUGGAAAGCACACUUCGUCUUAUAUCCUGGAAUUUACAGUAUAUUCAGUUAUUUGACAGUUGAUGUACUAGAAACUUGCAGUUAUCAUGUUCUAUGUAGCUCAACUUUCUUGAAAUUCAUACUUCAUGAUCACAACAGUUUUCAUCUUUCCUUUAGUCCUGAUGUAAAGAAAUUCAGUGGUAUCCUAUUGCAAGCAGAAACUAACAGUAAUGUGUCAGUUGCAUUGAGCAAGUUAACUAGCUGCUUGCCUACAAAUCCACGCUGGUCCGGUCUUCUUGCUACUCAUUGCUGGGUUCUGAUUGGUCGUAGGAUUUUUAAUUAGCAGUUUAAACACAAAGUUUUAAAAAAAAUAAGCUUUGGUAUUUUUUCAUGCAAUUUGAAACUAAAAUGUUAAAACUUAAGUAAACAAGAAAGGUUUGGUUUCAAAAUAAUUCAAGAAAAUAUAACAAUUUCAACUCUUAGUGUAAAAGAGUUUAAUUUUCCCUAUGUAAUCAAUACGUGCUAAUUUAGUGACUACAAGCUCAUAUACGUACAAGUUUUUUUUCACUGAUGGUCAGCUAGUAAAUUUGCUAAGAGUAAUGGUGGUGAACAGUCCGAACUAAGUUUUUUAUGUCCCUACAGGUACAGUAUCUUGGAGUAGGGGGUUGUUUGGCAUGAUGGUUCAGUGAUUGUUUGCUUCUCUCCAAGGCAUUCUGGGUUCAGUUACCGGUGGGAUAGGAUUAUAUUUUUUCGCAAGUGGGAAACAUGACGGGUGUUCCCAUCCUAUUUUCAUUCCUCUACGUUUCUAAUGACCCUAACUUUGAUGUGACGUUAAGCCCUAGGUUGUAGUUUUCACAGAAUUUGUCUUUUUUACUUGCCACACACAUUUUAACUGUUUUUUUUUUCUUUUUAGAUCGCAAGUUUUUUCGGUGCAUUGAUAAUGUUUGCAGUAGACAUUUCAGUUGUAUGUGCAGCUAUUUGCUUUCCAUAUUGCAUAUUCCUGUGAAUUAACUCAGGAUGUUCACUCAAAUCUGAAAUAAAUAAAUUCCACCCUCCACCAUCCCUAUUGGAUUGUCUAGUUCUGUUUUGACUUUUUUCUUUCCAAAUUUAACAGAACCUUGCAUAUAAAAUUUUACAGUGUAUGUGUGACUAUGCACUAAAACACCAUAAAAAAAUGAUUUUAAUUCUGAGGGAUGGCAGACUGGAGCAUGAAAUUUCUCCCUCAAAUUAUCAUUGGGGUAUGUCCAAAACUUUUCCAAGAGUUUAAGUAAAUUCCCUGACUACAAAAAUAAUUUAAAUCCUGUAGAUAAACCGUUUCACGGUAGGGCCUUGAAUUUGGGUAUAUCUGUCUUCAGUGGAAUUCUGAGCACAAGUGAAGUCUUUGUGUACUCUCAACUUAUUGGAACGCAAUCAACACGGUACUGUGUAUCCAUUCUGUCUUUCUCCGUCUGGUGGAGAGGCAGCAGGUACUUCCACCUCCUUUGUAUUUAAUUUUUCUACUCCUGUGCGGCAAGUUAUUCUUUCUUCUUUGUUCCCUGUCCUUUAAUAAAAAAUAGCACACAGAGAAACUUGUGCCAGGCUGGAGGAAUAUAUAAGCAGCAUUUUAAUUAACCAGUUCUCCGAGGUCUGCGUUUCAUGUUCCUGAUACAAAUUUAAGUUUACUGUACGUAAUUAGUGCUUGAAAUACAUUACAAAAAAUAGUACAUAACAGUUGUUUUAAAUUAUUAUGUACUAAAAUCAGCACAGUGAACUUCAUCUUUUGUUAUUUCAGAUACAGCUAAGCUUUACUUCGGAGAAAUAUUAACCUUACCUGGUUUUCUUUAUGCCAGGACUAAAGUAUGAUAAGAGAGAAAUGUGCGUGUGUUGUAAUGCUUACUUGUAUAUCAUUGGCUUGGCAUAUUAACUAUUGUCAUGUUGCCUCUGUUAUGCAAAAUCUUUUUAUACCGAUAACUAAUUUGUACUUUAAUUUAAUGUAGGCAGUGUUAAUAAGAUGAGAGGGUCCAAAAGGAGAUGUGAGUACAUACUGUACUUGAAUUGAAAAUGUUAUUUUAUAAAUCACAGAUAUUUUGCUAGCUAAUUUAGAGAUGUACAUUUCAAAAGACUCGUGAGGUUAUGGUAUGCUCCUGUAGAGGCAAAAAAAGUGUUUUGUGAUGUUUUUUAAUGGGGGAGAUAUUGGACAUAGGUUAAAUUUUCCUCUGGCAUAGGGAAAAAACUAAAUCUAAAAACACUGAGAAUGUAAUUUUUUUUAGAUUGCUUAAAUUUUGACAGUUUUCAUGAUGAGAAUGAGUGAUGAUUGGCUGUUAAGAAUACGUAGAAAUUGGGCAUUAAUGCUGGGCCGUAGUUAUAUAUCUUAAUCUGUUAAAAACAUCUGAAUGCUACCUUCAUGAGUUUUUGACCUGUCUGAGUAGUUUCAGUAGUGUGAACUUUCUGCUACAAUUUCAAUUAUCAGUUGACUUACAUUGAAGUGAUUUUAACAUGUAUGUUUGUGUAAAUUUGGAUAUAUUAUCAAUAAGAUAAAGAAUUUUCAUUCAAAAUUUAAAAAAUACCAUUAUUGUAAUGCAUUUUAGACAUCACGGGUCAGACAGUUGACUAAUGUGUGUAUUCACAGUGCCUACAUUCUAAAACGUUUGUAGAUGUUUGCAUACACAAAUAAUAGUGAUGGAUAUUGCGAUGAAAGAGAAGUUUUACUAAAAAUAACACGCCAGUAAUUAUGUUCUAGUUAAUUUUGAAAAAUGGAGCCAACGUGAAAGUGCCCUGAUGAGGUUCCAAGAUGAGAUAAUUUGCAACUUGUUUCUUACCUUAUAGUUCCAGUGUGUAAUGUUGGGAAUUUUUUUUUCAUGUACAAGAGAAACUGUAAUGUUCUACCAGGUUUCUAAUGUUUGCCGAAAAUAUUUACCUUAAUCCAGCUUCUGUAUAUUUGAGAAAAAUAACUUAAAUGUUACUGAACACACACUUGCCAGUCCAAGGAUGAUAUUACCUAUGAUAGACAAUUCAAAGCAUCCAAUGUUUCAGUGUUGGAAGUGAUAAUGUACUUUUAUGUGAACUAUAUUGCAAUAUUCUGAAGUAUUCAUAGUUAUUUAUUGACAGCAGUGUAAUCUGCUAAAGUAUUUUUUUAUUACAAUCUUUAUUAUGUACUUACGUUUUUUUGUUAGCUUUAUUGUGAACAAAUUGUUAAAUAGAUUAAAUAUUAAUGUCGAGUUUUAAAAUAUUUUAAUGUCAUGCAUUGCAAUGAACAAGUGAAGUUAAGAGAUGGGAUUUGCCAAGUAAACUCAAGCAAAUGCAACAACUUAAGCUUAAGCUUUAAUUUGUGUACAGUCUGUUCAGAUAUCUAAGAAAAAGACAGUUUUAUUGGAGGAAUAUUUUUUUUCUUAAAUAUGUAACUCGUGUGAAAAGUUUUUUGUGCAUUGUUAUGUCAAUUCUGAGUUCUUUUGUGACUCUCACUACAUGUGUACAUAUAUUAUAAGGUUGUAGUAUAUUUAUUGCACAACUUCUACUGAUGAACAGUAUUAAGAGAAAGGACUGCUCGUAAGGCACGUUGCAGUAUGUAUUAUACACACGGGAAUGAAUAUUGUAUAGGUCUAGAGAUUAAAAAAACUAUUUAACCUAAA